CCGGAACCCGGGCUGCCCGCGCGCCAGGCGGACCGCGCAGAGAGCCUCGCUUCCGCCAGGCACCUGUGCGGCGCCCUGAACGAAGUCCGCCGAGGCCAGGACGCUGACGCCGCCCGAGGAAGCCGAGCUCUCCUGCUGAGGGAGCCAGGAAGGCUAGUUCCGGGGCGUGGCUUCUCUGCCCUCGGCCAGCCAACCUGACUUGUGAUUCUUGAUAGGACGAAGAUGCAAGCCAGUCCCAUCCGCAUUCCAACUGUCAGCAGUGACAUCGACUGGGAUUUCUGCUUCCACCUGUCUCAGCAAGCCAAGAUCCCAGCAUACCAGCGAAGAGAAGAAUUGUGUUCCUCUAGUGGGUCUGGAGAGAGUGAAGAAGACACUACAGCCAAGGAGGAGAAGACCACAGUCUGCAUGUCUCUUCCUAAAGAGAAAUUGGCCCAAUCCCAGAAGAAAAUAGCUCAGCUGAUUAAGAAAAAAAUGAAUACCCAAGCAAACAAGGAGCUGAUUCGCUGUGUCAUCCUUUCUCGGAUUAUUUUUGGGGAAGAACACUGGAAAUGUGCACAGGCUGUGGCCAGCCUGGCUUACGGCUACCUGACACUGAGAGGCCUCCCGGCUCAGGCCAAGAAACAUGCUGAGUCUGCCAAGAACACGCUGCUGACCUGGAAGGGAAGCAGGACCUCAAACAAAGAGAAGAAGGAAAUCCUGGAAGCCCUGGUCAUGCUGUACUACACCCUGGGGGUGGCCUGGCUCCUACAGAACUGUGGCAGAGAGGCUUAUUUCAACCUGCAGAAGGCAGAGAGAAACAUGAAGGAGCUGAAAGAAUUAUUUAAGGGAAGUGUUCGCAAAUCCCAAGUCUCAGAGAAAGACCUGACCAUUGCUUUGGGCAGGGCCUCCUUGGCUAUCCACAGAUUGAACCUCGCUCUGGCAUACUUUGAAAAGGCAAUUGGCGAUGUUAUUGCUGCUAAGGGUGAUAAGACUUUGGAUCUGGUCAGUCUAUAUGAGGAAAUUGCUCAGAUUGAGCAGCUGAGAAGGAACCAUGAUCGGGCCAUCCAGUACUUGCAGCAGGCCUAUUCUAUCUGUGUUUCUUUGUUCACCGAAGUCAGCCCCCAAACUGCAGAGGCAAGCGCAUUACUAGCCAAGGCUCAUGCCAUGUCUGGAGAGGCCCAACACAGGGAACCUCAGCAGAAUUCACCUGCAUAAAGAGUAGAGAGCUCAUACACGCUAUGAAUGUGACCUGUGGUGUAUCCGUUGAUGAGGAAAUCCAGUGAUAAAAGACAUAACAUUGGCUCCUCCUCCCCUCCUCCUCCAUUCUCAACCUCCUUGACUUUUCCUCUGGCUGACAAGAGAGAAUGUUUGUAGCAGUUAGAAUUUUCAUGACCUAUACUCAAAAGUGAGGUAUUGGGGGGUUCUGGAGGAAAACCAAGGCAUGAAUUAACCCAUCAGCAAUAGUCCUUUCUCAGGCAAGGUCAUCAUUUGGGAAGUAAGUAGCUUUGGGAGAGACACAAAAGAGCUGGUGAGGAAGGACUGCAUGCCCUUUUCAGCUGCUGGAUCAGAUUAAUGGACACUAAUGCAUUCAGUGGCCCAUCAGGAGGAAUUUGGGAUUUGUGAAGAAUAUGAUUUAAACAUUUAAAAAUGUUGAUUUUCUCUGCUUAUAAAAGGAAUCCAUUUAGGUGUACAUUAUUUUCUAGUCAUAUAUGAAAAAGAGAGAGAGGAAGAGGAAGAGAGAAUUAUAGGGAAAGUUUUGUAUCCUACUUUUUUCUACUCUUCUAUUUUCCCAUAUCAUUAAACAAUUUUGUUCAGUUUUCAGAA